UUUAUUACCCCUCUGUCUAGGCUUUUUGUGUCUAUCCCCUGACCACCCUCUCACUCCCCGUUGGUUCUCUUCUCUAUCUUAUUUCAUUUUUGCAUGUUUUUUCUUUUCACUCAUUUUCAUUAGCCAAGCUUUUGUCUUUCUCUUUGGGUUUUUGGGUUUCUGGGUUUUGUUCUCUGAGAGAAAAAUAGUCUGUUUUCCUCUGUUUCAUCUCUGUUUAUUCCCCCAAAGGAAAUAAUAAAGGUUUCUAGUAGUUACAUAUUUGGUGUUUCUUUGUUCAUCAAGCGUUACCAUUCUGUUUAAAUCAAAAAGCUUCAAAGAGUUGCUUCAUGGGUGUAAUGGAUCUGAGAGAAAAGAAAUCAUUGAAUGAAGAUAUGGUGAGUGAGAAUAACAAGAAGUUUUGUACUGAUUGCAAAACCACAAAGACACCUCUUUGGAGAGGUGGCCCUGCUGGCCCCAAGUCGCUGUGCAAUGCAUGUGGGAUCAGGUAUAGGAAAAAAAGAAGAGCAAUGUUGGGUUUGAACAAGGGAUCAGAGAAGAAGAAAGAGAGAUCACAUUCGUCAUCAAGCACCAUCACAACCAGCUCUGCUUCUAUUGCUGCAACAAAUAAUGUUGGUGAUGAUAAGAAGCCCAGUGGCAAAUUUAAUGGGUUAAGUGAGACUGUGAAGAUGAGAUUAUUUGCUUUAGGCAGUGAAGUUUUGUUGCAAAGAUCAUCAUCAUCAUUAUCUGGGGUGGUGAAGAAGCAAAGGUGUCAAAGGAGAAGGAAGUUGGGAGAGGAAGAACAAGCUGCUUUUUCUUUGAUGGCAUUGUCUUGUGGCUCAGUUUUUGCUUGAAAGGAGGGACAGAGACAAGAAACCAAAAAUGGGGGUUUCAAAAAAAAAAAAACUCUAACCCACACAACUGCUUUUUUUUUUUUUUUUCAGUUUUGCCUUUGUUUCUUUGUACUGAAAUGAAAAUACCCUUGUUCUCUACUACUGGUCUGUUCUUUUUUUCCUUUGGAGAAUUGAGGGGAAACAUGAUAAAAAAGGAAGUCAAAGAAAAGUAAUGUUGUUGAUGAUGGAUUGAUGGUACCUUAAUCAUAUUGUAUAUAGUAGUUUUCGAAUCAAUGAACAGUGAAAAUUUUCUCUUGUAAGUAGGAUUUGCAGCCAUUUAGUACCAACUACUAUACGUUAUCCAAGCAAUUUUACUGUAUUUGUUUCUGAAUGAUGAUUCAAGCAAAUAGAUUCUUGUGGGCAAAUCUGUUAAAAGCCCUUUUUGGUGAUUGGGUGGGACUGGGGAGAAUGGACUUGGGCUGUGUUUGUGACCUCACGCCGGCCUGCAAAUGGAGGAGUCAGCUGAGAUAUUUGAGGCCAUUGUUAACUAUACACAACGCGACUUGACAAUGGAUCUCUGAAGUCAGCAAUGGAUUGGAGCAGAUGCUGGAGGCAUGAUGUGGUCUGUCCUUAUGGGCUUGGAUUGGUUCUCAUGAUUCAACAACGAAAAAACAUCACUAAACCCAAGACUUUUCACUGUCAUUUUGAUUACUGGAUUGAUUGAUUCUUGCAAGCUAGAACAAUUCCAGGCCCAAUAUCAUCAAAAUGUGACCAAAACGAACUACCAUUUGCUAGAUCAGACGAGAGGAAAAAUGGGUUUCAUUCAGUCACUGUCCAACUCUUACAGUUGAAAUUAGAACCAUUGAAGUUGAACAAUUUCAGGGAUAUAAGAAUAUCUUCCAAGCUGGAUUUCUUUAUAUUCUUUUUA